AUGCCCAGACUUCGAAUUCGUUUUUUUUUUUUUGAAUGUAGGCGUUUGGGGAGUAGACUCGUGAAUCUUAUUGUUUCACUGCUUCAGAAUCCCGCUGAAGCUGCCAACGGGCGAACACCGUGCAAUCUACCGCAUUGUAGUACAAUGAAAGAAGUUCUGCAACACAUGACCAUAUGCCACAACGGACGGCAAUGCACCUAUGCACAUUGCGCUUCGUCGCGGCAGAUUAUAGCUCACUGGAAGAACUGCAACCGAGAUGACUGUCCCGUAUGUAAACCAUUGAAAAGUAUCCAGAAUCAGCCUUCCGCCGCUGGAAGUGAGCUAUGUCAGAGUUUAUCAUCAAUAUGUGGUUUUACCGAUUUUCUCUUUCAUGAUGAUCCGUUCCGCUCGCCGAAUCCACCCAACAAACAUGCCGGGCCCGGUUCAGUUGGUGCGGCCCCUGGAGCUCCUGGUGACUUCUCAACGAUAAACUUCCCACCUCCUGAUGUUCCAAGUCAUGCUAAGGAGUGGCACCAACACGUCACUCGUGAUCUUCGUAAUCAUCUUGUUGGGAAGUUGGUGAAAGCUAUAUUCCCGUCACCGGAUCCAAGCGCGAUACAUGAUCAACGAAUCCGUGACCUCAUCAACUAUGCUAGAAAAGUCGAAAUGGAGAUGUUCGAAUCAGCCAAUGAUCGGGAAGAAUACUAUCAUCUAUUGGCGGAAAAGAUCUACAAAAUCCAAAAAGACUUACAAGACAAGAAGAACUCUCGCCUUCGUGCGGAUAAUGCAGUUAAUGCAGCAGGAGGGGGAGGAGGACAACAACAAUCUGGAGGCAACGUACCCACUGGUCAGGCACAACCGGCUCCAAACAUGCUACCGUUUUCACUCACACCUAUCUGUUCAGCAGCUCCUGGUCCCUCUACAGGCCCUACGGUAUCGGUCUCAAGUGCGGCCACAAAAUCCGUACCCACGGUAAAGACCGAGUCGACUUCAUCGCCUAAAAAGGAAAUCGUCAAAAGAGAGCCUACGCCACCUCCUGGAGAAGACACAAUUUUCGAUGCAAAUGAGUUGCGGCAUUAUUUACGGCCGGUUUGGGAAAAAAUGGACUGCUCCGAAGAUGCUGUUCCCUUCCGAAUGCCAGUUGAUCCUGACUUAUUACACAUUCCGGAUUAUAAUGAGAUAAUAAAGCAUCCUAUGGACUUGUCGACAAUUUGUAUGAAGUUGGAUAACGGUCGUUACAAAAAUCCAUGGGAGUUUUGCGAUGAUAUGUGGUUGAUGUUUGAUAAUGCAUGGAUGUACAAUCGUAAGAACAGCAAGGUGUAUAAAUACUGCACAAAGUUGAGCGAAAUGUUUGUAACCGAAAUGGAUCAAGUCAUGCAGCAAAUGGGUUACUGUUGUUCGAGAAAGCUGUCAUUCACUCCAUUAGCUUUAUUCUGCUAUGGUGCAUCAAUGUGUACGAUAGCGCGAGAACAGCCUUACUGGGUGUAUGAGCAGACAUCUUCACAGUACGGCGUGACUGUAUCCGAACGCUACACUUAUUGUCUCAAAUGUUUUGAUGCAUUACCACCAGAAGGCAUUUCUUUAUCGGAAAAUCCCAACGAUCAGUCGAACAUGGCACCUAAAGACAAGUUUGUGCAAAUGAAGAACAACGUCAUCGACUAUGAACCUUUCGAAGUUUGCAAAUAUUGUCAUCGGAAAUGGCAUCGCAUUUGUGCACUUUACGACAAAAAGGUAUUCCCUGAGGGCUUCAUUUGUGACACUUGCCGCAAAGAGAAGAAUUAUCCCAAACCAGAGAAUCGCUUCAUGGCGAAACGGUUGCCGCACAACAAGCUGUCACAGUUCUUGGAGGAUCGGGUGAAUACCUUCUUGAAAAAGGCCUUGUCCAACAGUCCUGAACAGUAUGAAGUGAUUAUUCGGACUCUGUGUGUACAAGAUAAAGAAGUUGAAGUGAAGCCUCUGAUGAAAUCCAAGUAUGGUCCCCAAGGCUUUCCGGAUCGAUUUAAUUAUCGAACAAAAGCUGUGUUUGCAUUUGAAAUCAUCGAUGGUGUAGAGGUGUGCUUCUUUGGACUCCACGUUCAAGAAUAUGGCAGCAACUGUAAGGAGCCUAAUGCAAGGAGGGUAUACAUCGCAUACUUGGAUUCAGUGCACUUUUUCCAACCGAGAGAGUUGAGAACGGAUGUCUACCACGAGAUUCUAUUGGGAUACCUCGACUAUGUGAAACGGUUGGGAUACACCAUGGCUCAUAUUUGGGCGUGUCCUCCAUCAGAAGGUGAUGAUUAUAUCUUCCACUGCCACCCUCCAGAGCAGAAAAUUCCAAAGCCGAAGAGGUUGCAGGAUUGGUAUAAAAAGAUGUUGGAGAAGGGUGUCACCGAAAAGACCGUUGUAGAGUUCAAGGAUAUUUACAAGCAGGCUCGCGAUGACAACUUGACAACACCAAUGAGUCUACCGUAUUUCGAAGGCGAUUUCUGGCCAAACGUGAUCGAAGAUUGCAUUCGUGAGGCUGGAAAUGAAGAAGCUCAGCGUCGUAAAGAAGUCGCAGAAGCGGACGAGGAAGACGAUGACAUAUUCCAGUCUGGUGAUAAUGGCAAGAAAAAGAGUUCGAAAAAUAAGAAGAAUAAUCUGAAGAAGAAUUCGAAGAUGAAUAAAAAGAAGCAAGGAAACUCAACCGGUAAUGAGGUAGCCGAUAAGCUGUACUCCCAGUUCGAAAAACAUAAAGAGGUAUUCUUCACUAUUCGACUAGUAACGCAACAAUCAGCCCUUUCUCUGCCGGAUAUUGUCGACCCGGAUCCGCUCAUGGCAUCUGACAUGAUGGACGGCAGAGAUACAUUCUUAACGAGAGCUCGUGAUGAACAUUGGGAGUUUAGCUCGUUGAGGAGGGCAAAAUUCUCUACGCUUGCGCUAUGUCAUGCACUUCAUGAAUCGGAUGUUAACAAGGAUAUGAGUUACACGUGCAAUAAAUGCAACAGUUCAAAUGCUAAGUGGCAUUGUACGACUUGUGAUGACUUUGAUCUCUGCGAGACCUGUCGUGAAUCCGUUUCACACGAACAUCCAAUGGAGCAAAUCAAACCGCUCAUCGGUGCCGAAAGUGGCGAUUCUGGUGGCAACAACCGCUUCGAAAGCAUUCAGCGCUGCAUUUUGUCGUUGGUCCACGCGUGCCAGUGCAGAGACGCGAACUGUCGUCGUGUCUCUUGUCACAAGAUGAAGCGGGUAGUACAACAUACGAAGAUGUGCAAGAAACGAGUGAAUGCCAGUUGUCCAGUGUGCAAACAGCUGAUCGCCUUGUGCUGUUAUCAUGCGAAACAUUGUUCUCGAGAUUCGUGUUCGGUGCCUUUCUGUAUGAACAUUCGUCAAAAAUUGGCCGAACAGAAGCGUUCGAUAGCCAGACGUGCCGAUAUGAUGAUGCGACGACGUAUCGAUGGUCUUCAGGCUGUCACUGGAGGUGAGUGGAGGACUCACAUUUAUUAUCAUAUCCCUAUACUUACAACGAACCAACAACAGCAACAACCACCUGGUGGCAUGCCCCAAAUGGGACAAGGCAUGGGUGGCGGUGGAAUGGGAGGACCGAUGGGUGCAUCAAAUAUGUAUAAUCCAAUGCAACAUCAACAACAGCAGCAACAGCAACAGCAACAACAAAUGGCUAUGAUGGGAGGCAUGCGCCCAGGCCAGCAUCCAGGUGGCCAGCCGAUGCCGCCUGGUGGCCGAGGUGGUGGAGCCCCGAUGCAGCAACAACAGCAGCAACCCCCUCCACAACAACAGCAGGGCAAUCCAGCCCUCACAGACCCAGCCAUGGCACAGGUGGUGAAUCGAUUCAAAAUGGCAAAGACGGACGAAGAGAAACAAUCGGCUUUCCAAGAAUUGAAGAAAACGCCGCAUUUGUUUGCCGCGUUCAUCAAAAUGAAACCUAACAGCGAAGUGAGAGGCAGCUGGCCGUCGAACAUGGGGCCGGGAGGUCCACAACCCGGUUACUAUGGCGGUCCACCUCCUCAGGGAGGUGUUCGAGGAUCUGGUAAUCAAUUUGCUCCGAUGGGACCUGGAGGAUGGCAACAGCAGCAACAAUACCAUCAGCAACGGCAACAGCAGGGUCAAUCGCCGGCGAUUUCUGGACAGCAGUUUGGCGUUGGUCAAGUGAGUAAGGAUUUCUGA